AAAUAAUAUUAAAUCUAUACUUAUUCAGGGCUGAGGCAACUAAAGAUGAUAGAUUUGGAGCUUUAAGUAGGUCACAGUAUGGUCUUGUUGACCUUGCAGCUGCUUUAUUCUAUCGGGCUUGUGUUAACAGAGAUAAGCCAUCAUCAUCUGAGAAGCGGGUGAAGAGAGAGCAUGCUGAUGCACGUUUAAGAGAAUAGCUCAAAAAAGGAAAGUGGCUAUGGGGGAUUCCCGAGACAUUUUGCAUCUUAGAAAAGGCCUCCUGAAAGCAGUUUUGGGUCAUCUUGAGUGGCAGCCUACACAAGAAGGAUCUUGGAAGCAUGAAGCAUAUUUGUUGUUUCCAGUUCAUUUGGAUGGAACAUUGUUGGACAAUGCUAACACUAUGAAAGCUAAAAAGGAGUUAUUCUCAACCACCGAUGUUCUUCAUAUAUUUCGACAGCUUUGUGCAGGACUCGAGCACAUGCACAAUUUAGAUCCACCAUAUGCUCAUAAUGAUGUCAAGCCUAUUAAUGUCCUCAUAACUCAUGGGAAAGGACAACCACCACUAGCCAUAUUGAUGGAUUUUGGCAGUGCUUGGCCUACAAGGAGGCAGAUUCAAUCUCGUUCUGAGGCACUACAAUUGCAGGUGUUUUUUUUGUUCCCCCAGUCGAACACACACACACAUGCAAUGCAUCAGUUACCCUACUAUGAAUGACAUUCAUCCAAUGCUUUGGUAUUUGUAUGAGAUCCAAGUUUAUUUUUUCAUAGUCUUACGAGAUAAAAAAAUAUUGAAUUUUUUUUAAUUAAUGGCAUAUUUGUGAAGACUUGACAUGUGUUCAUGUUUUGAGGUUUUCUAUCAAGUUUUUGCAUUUUUAGUUACUAUUUGGAUAGCCUCAUUUAAAAAACUUAUCAAAUUACAAAAUGU